UAGUUCCUCUUUCCGGUUCCGGCUUCCUCUUGCCUUGCUCGAAUUGCUACGUGUCUUUAGGAGCAUCGUUGGCCGGUCUUAGUCGCAGCGGCGCCUCACCGAGAAUCGUUUAUCAUGGAUCAAGUAAUGCAAUUUGUGGAACCCAGUCGGCAGUUUGUGAAAGAUUCCAUCAGACUUGUUAAAAGAUGCACAAAGCCAGAUAGGAAAGAAUUCCAGAAGAUCGCCAUGGCAACAGCAAUAGGUUUUGCAAUAAUGGGAUUCAUUGGUUUCUUUGUAAAACUGAUCCAUAUUCCAAUCAACAACAUCAUUGUGGGUGGCUGAAUGCAUCAGGAAGAAGUCUUGCUUCACGUUGAGCAUGGUCACUUGGGAAAAUGGUGUGGGCUUUCUAACUGAGUAAUUUGCAUCGAUCUUUUACAACUUGUCAAUAUAAACCACGUUUUAAAGUAAAA